CUCAUUAUCCAAGCCCAGUAAUAAUCCCCGGUGCCCAGUCUCUUUUUGCUGAUUUUUAUUUGUCUUUCGUAUCACUAAUCAUCCCUGUCUGCAUCUUACCAUCUCCCACGUCCCCCAACGUCAACCUCGCACUCUUGUUUGCUUUUUACCGUUAUUUAUCUCCAACUGCACCGUGUCGCUGUCUUCAAUGCCGCCACUGUCGACGAUUUUCGUGGGUUUACAAGGCGCAUUUGGCGUCCUGAAUAGAGCUGCGAGUUUACUAUUCCGAUCAGCUGCAGAGAAGAAUGUGGAGAUUUUGAAAGUUCCAUCGAUUCCAGCAAUUCAUGCAAUCGCGGCUGGGAGUAUUAGUAUUGGAGCUUUUUACCUCAAUACGGCACUUCGACAUGACACGACCAUGAUGUGGUGGUGUGUUGUGGGGAGGUUGAUAGCCAUUCCUGUCUUUCUGCAACAUGGGGGCCCAUGGAGGAAUGUGGCUGUCUUCGAAGCUGCAUGUGGAUUGUUAACUAUGGGCGGAUUAUUGUGGGAUAGCUGGCGAGAUCGUGGGACGAAGGAGAAAGGACCUUGAGCAGAACUCGUAGCAUGUGAUACUUCUGCUUGGUAGUGCUAGAGCUAUUGGAUCGACUAAGCAUGACUCCGCAAACUCCAAGAACAUAUCUUUUCUCAACUUUGUGCUGCACUGGCGAAUAUGGCCGUUGUACUUUGUUUGAGACAAGGGCCAGUGUUAGAUUUUUGGGGCUAAUUGCUUUCUACUUGGUCUUUUCUAUUUGUCUUUCAUCAUCUGCGAAUGUCUGUUCUCAAGUGAUAAACUCCUUACUGUCAACCUUAGUGGGGAGCUUGGAAUGACUGAAGGAGAAGCUCACGAUGCAUGGCCAAUGGUCUUAAUGCAUUCUACAAGCACAAUUCCUGGAGAAAGAAUUCAGUGAAUAGAGCGUCCUCUCC